CGCGACUGCGACACUAAUCGCGAAGCUUACCAUUCCCUUUCGCACGUCCGACACACCUAGGUACCUUUGCAGCUUGAUCCACCAAGUCUCACAAGCCAGUUCGUCCGUCGAAACCACGAACAAUGUCACUCUUCGGCACGUCCCCGGAUGAGUCGCCGUCACUCGGCAAUCCGGCUAUCGCCCAGUCGCGCAACUCUCUCUUUGGCGAAGAGGACCCGAUGACCCGCUCAACGCCCUCAACACUCUUCAACGAUGACGACCUCGGCGGCAGCGGCUCCCGGUCGCCCUGGGACAUGCCCACACCCCGCAAGCAGAAGUCGCGCGCCGAGCUGCUCCGGAGCCUUCUUGCAUCGACCGAGGUGCCCGACAGCUACAUCGAGGUCUUCGACCAUGCCGUUGCCGACGACGGCGUCAAUGGCAGAGUCACGGUCGCAGGCAUCACCAAGACUCUGGCCGCUGCGAAGCUCAAUGCAGACGACCAGGCACGCAUUGCGAGCAUAAUAGGUUCGGACGACGAGGAUAUGUCGCUGGGACGCAACGAGUUCAACGUGCUCCUUGCCAUGAUCGGCUUGGCGCAGGAGGGCGAGGUCGUCAGCCUCGACGGCGUGGAUGAGCGUCGACGCAAUCUUCCAAAGCCGAAGCUCUCGCCGCCCGCGCGAUUGAACAAAACCCAGCCCAAGCUUCCCGACGUGUCCGACCUUGCCGCCAAGCCUCCUCAGGCGCCAGUCACGCCAACCAAGCCCAAGUCCUCUCCUGCCACAAGGGGAGCGGGCAAUAUGGACGUCAACGAAGACGACCCGUGGGCAUCACCUGACCUGCACAAAAACCACAACCAUGCGACAACAGAGACACCCCGCGCAAGCCGGCAGGGCCUCAAUGGGACUUCUGCCGGCGACAGCAAUGGCUACGAAGCACUGCAGCAACCGGACCUACACACGCGCACGACUUCGACUUUCACCACAUCCACUCAACGAUCUGCAAGCCCUCCUGCACCAGAACCCGUGGUCGGAUCCGUCCCCUCCAAUCCCGGCGCACCUUGGGGAUAUUUCGACGGCAGCACGAAUCAGGCUGGGUUUGGUGACAAUGUGAACAACAAUCCGUCAAGCCCCUUUGGCCCGGCGAGCAAUGGCCUUGGAGGCCGGGGAUCGGGUAAUGGGCCUUCAGUCUCGCACACACGAACCAUCAGCGCUGGGCGGACCGGCAGUGCGGUUGAGGAGAACAUUCUCGUCACCUUGAUGCCUGAGAAGGAAGGCAUGUUCAUGUUCCAGCACCACAACUACGAGGUCACGAGUAAUCGGAGGGGCAGCAAGGUCAUUCGGCGGUACAGCGACUUUGUCUGGCUGCUGGACUGCUUGCACAAGCGCUAUCCUUUCCGAGCUCUGCCAUUGUUGCCUCCGAAGCGGGUUGGGGUCAAUGGGACACAUUUGUCCAACGACAACGGCUUCAUUGAGAAGAGGCGGCGCGGGCUUGCUAGAUAUCUCAACGCAGUCGUCAGGCACCCUAUCCUUGGGCAGGAACAACUGGUGGUCAUGUUCCUGACUGUGCCCACCGUAAGUGAGCUUUCCGUCUGGAGGAAACAAGCCACUAUUUCCGUGACCGACGAAUUCACCGACCGAGCCCUCCCCCCAGGAUUGGAAGAGUCCCUUCCUCAGUCUCUGGGCGAGCUCUUCGACCGUACACGUCAAGGUGUGCGGCGGUCUGCCGAUCUCUACAUUACCGCAUGCAACCUCCUCGAUCGCUUGGUCAAGCGCACUGAAGGUGUGGCUGCCGACCAUGCACGCCUGGCGCUCUCACUUUCCUCGCUGCUCGAGACCAGCGCCGAUACAUACGCCACAGACACGAAUGAGGUCCCGUUGCUCAAUGAUGGCCUCUCAGCGACCAGUAAGCAUCUUCGGACCGCGCAGUCCUUGCUGGAGGACGAGAGCAAGGCAUGGGAUGCCGGUGUACUGGAAGACUUGAAGAGGCAGCGUGACGCCCUGGUCAGCCUGAGGGACAUGUUUGAUCGUCGGGAGCGACUCGACAGGGACAACAUCCCUCAGCUGGAACGACGCAUUCAGUCCAACGAGACCAAGUUGGCUGGUCUGAGAUCCAAGCCGGAUGGUGCCAAGCCUGGCGAGAUUGAGAAGGUCGUCGAGGCUAUCAUCAAGGACAAGGAAUCUAUCGUCAACCAGCACAACAGAUCCAUCUUUGUCAAGGAGUGCUUGCGAGACGAGCUCAUCUAUUUCCAGCAGACACAGUACCAUGUCAGCCGAUGGAACCAGGACUGGGCGCAGGAACGGGUCAAGUACUCGGAGAUGUUGGCAGACAACUGGCGGCGCCUCUUGGACGAGCUCGAGGGCAUGCCUCUGGGCGACUAGUCGUCGGCCCAGGCAUCUGUAGCUUUCUCGCAAAAUGACCACGAAGAGGCUGGAGAGGCAGGCUUGGCACUCACGGACACGCA